UGGGCUCUGUUAAGUACAUCCGGCUGUUUCUUUGCAGUACUAUUCACACAGCAAUGUUGUCAUUUGAGGAAGAGCAUGCGCAUUGAUGCCAAUUUACGAGGACCGUUCUUAUUAUGGAGUCAAGAAGAAAAUUUUAAAUUACAAGAAAACAAUUUAAGGCAUUUCAGUGAAUUUGAUUAUGAUAACAUUUAUAAAAGUUACAAUGAAAUUAUUAUAUAUGUGCGAAAUAAUACAAAUCGCUUGGAUGAUAUUAACUGGCCGAAGUUUAAAAAUUUAAUUAAAAAUUCCCAAUAUACCUAUUGGCCUCAAAAUCAACUUAUUGCUGAGCCUUUUGACUACACCAAUAAUGUCACGGUUAUAACUCUAAGUAAUAAUCCAUUGGAUGAAGAUGCACAAAUAGUUUCGAGUUUUAAAAAAUCAAGCACAAUUAAUGGUAUUGGAAAGGUACUCGGAAUUUUAGUUUAUAAUAAAGAACCAGCACAUUGGAUAUCAAAACGAGAAGUGACAGAAAAAUCCACUACUACUAUUCAACCACAAACAGAUGAGAAUGAUAAGAGUUUUAUUUACUUGGCUGGUGGCAAAAAGGCAAUUUUAUAUGUAACCAAGGCACUUAAACUUGAAAUCUCAAAUGAAUCCUUAAAACUAAUAGAUGAUAAGGAAGGAGUCACAUUCGAUGAUCAAAAAGCAAAAGGAUAUGGACGUUUAAAUAUUUUAUUCAGUGUAGAUAAUGAAAAAUUAAAACUACGAUUUAAUUUUACAUUGGCAAGAGGAACAUGGUCCAUGAAAGCCGUAGAAGUUGAAUAUAAAAAUAAUAAGACAGUAUUAUCAAUUGUUGGUGAUUCGCAUAGUAUACCUUCAGCGCCAUUGGGAUUUUCCUACCGCUGUUCCGAUCAACAAGCUAUAUUUACCAAUGGUUUGGAUACUUUAACUUUAACUGAUUAUCAGGUACAACCUUGGUUGAAUGGUUCAAAUAAGUUUGGAAAUGUAUAUGAUUGUGUAGGUUUCGUGUCUUCACCAAUAUUAGCUGGAAUUUUCGUUUCUUUCUUCCUAUGUGGUAUACUCUCAAUUGGCAUAUUAGCUCUAAUGGAUGUGAAUACACCUAAUCGUUUUGAAAGUUCACGAAGUAAACAGUUAACUUUUACUGUACAGGACUAAAUAUAUAAAAAAUUAUGAUAUUAAAUUGUAAAAUUAUAUGUAUUAAUAUAUGGCAAAUUUAAGAGAAUAUCAAACAAUAGUUAUAUAAUCUGGAAAAAUGUUUAUAUUAACAUCAUAUAGCAUAGUUAAUGUACUUGUACUUUUCACAUUAGCUAUUGAA